GGUGGCCGUGCGGGGCUGUCCCUGCCCGCCCGCCCGGUCGGUCGGCGGGGGCUCCGCGUUGUCUGGGUUGGCCUGUCGAGCUCGCAGGGCACGGGGAGGUCCGGGCUGAGCUUCCUGCCUUCAGUUCCUUUCCCAAGCCGAUGCGGUUUAAUUUAGGAUCUGGUAGGAUGUAGGAGGAGUUCGAAUUUCCCCUCCUUCCGGUACUCCCUGCUUUCAUUUAUCAGCACUAACCUUUAUUUGUCAUUGUCCCUAACCUUGUUUGGCUCCUUCUGGAACGCUUUGGUCCCGCUGGUCCUGACUGAUGGUCCUGUCAUCUGUGAACGUUGCGGUCUUUUCUGUCAUCCCUCCUCCUCCACGAAUUAUGAGUACCCUGAGCAACAGCAGACCUUGCCUGGAAUGUGUGAUAGAUGAAGAGAAGUAGCACUGUAUUUGGGUAGCUUUCUCAUCAGACGCCCCAUUUUUAAAGAAGAGGGAGUGAAAGCUCACCGAAGUGAAUGGUUAUUCAGAUUUUUAACUUCCUGAUGAGGCUAUCAUUAAUGUGAUGCUUGGGGUAACAGCAGCAUGGCUGACACCGAGUUGCCAAGGCCUGAGGGUUGAAAUCCUUUGAGCUGUAGGUUGAUACUCAGAAGAGACCGACUCGGCUUUCCAGCCUUGCAGCAAUGUGCUUUAAAAUAGAAAGGCCCAAACAAAUGAUCUUGAGGAACGGGUGUCCAAAUCUGUCUCUAGGCAUCAUGUGCCAACGUAGAGGUUUGGGAGCCUGCUCUUCCAUAUUCUGUUCGGAAAACAUUGGCCGUGCAUGCUCUCUGCAUUGUGUUUUGUAUGCCCUGGAUGAACGGUGAUGGCUCUGUGACAGGAGAAGUUCUUUGUCUGUGAUUUUCUCUUUCCUGUCCUUGUGUAUGGCAUUGAAUACAAGCUAGCUGAUUCCUUCCAGCAUGUAUCAGUAAGCGGUAAUACAUAUAUUGAGUGUGUGAUUCUUUUUAGAAUCUUUACAGGAUUAAAAACUCAUGCUUGGGGAGGGGCCGUGUAAUUCUGAGCUUUUUAACACACAAAAUAAGCAAACUGAAACUUACUCUCUCAUUUUAUCUUUUAGAUCAACUCAUAUGUAGAGUGUUGUGAGUCUAUGAAGCACCUUAGCAGUUUCUUUCACUCUUCCUAGAAGGCCAGGUGCCACAGGAAAACUUCACUUUUUUGUUACAAGAAUUAAGUGGCACCCAGAAACGGCAGCGGAUUAUUGACCUUCUGCUGAGUGGAUGGCAGCACCGUUAAAAAUGUCUCUUCCUUCCUGGAAAUUCAGCAAAGAGUUAGCGUUCCCAGGCUGUUGGAUCUCAUCCAUGUUAAUGGAUAACAUUUGAUAUGUGCCCUGUAAAUCCUGCCCUGGGACUCUGUGACCGGUGGGGUGCCUGAUGCCUGUAAUCCCCAUUCCCCGCCGGGUCCGUUCAUUCCACGGCCCCCACACGACCUGCCUGCAUUCGGCCUGUGGCCCGGUAAGGACCACUCACUUGGUGCGUACCAAGUACAACAAUUUCGACAUCUAUCUCAAAUCCCGAUGGAUGUAUGGAUUCAUCCGUUUCCUGCUGUACUUCAGCUGCAGCUUGUUUACCUCCAUCCUCUGGGUGGCACUCUCUAUCUUGUUUUGCCUUCAGUACCUUGGCAUCCGGAUCUUUCUGCGUUUCCAGUACAAACUCUCCAUCAUCCUCCUCUUACUGGGGCGAAGGCGGGUAGACUUCAGCCUCAUGAAUGAACUGCUCAUCUAUGGAAUUCAUGUGACCAUGCUGCUAGUGGGGGGGCUGGGAUGGUGUUUCAUGGUAUUUGUGGAUAUGUAAAUAAAACAAGCGCAUGUGGGCUGAGAAGGUGACUUUUCUUCUACCCCAAAAUGUGUCGAUAUCUUCUUUUCUUUUUUUUAUAUAAAUUAAUUUAUUUAUCAGUGCUACUUUUUAUUGAUAAAUUAACGUACUUGUCUGUGGAAUUUGUAUUUUUUUGAGGGUUGAGGUGCCAUUUUGAUUAUCAAAGUGCAAUGCUUGAUUGGGUGUUUUUUCUUUGCACAGUACAAGUUAAUAUAAAUUUAUUCUAGUCUAUAGGAGCCUACCUUGCUGCUGUUCCUGUAUGCCUGUGGUCAUGAAAAAGGCAGUGAUUUAUCUGGAGGACAGAAGCCAGAUAACUUUGCACCCUACGCUCUUAAUCCAUCUUCACCCUUUUUCUAAAAAUGUUCCUUAAUGUCUCAGGCAUGUAAUACGUAUCCUACUUGACCAGUGUUAUCCUUUCUCUGUGUAGUUUGCAUUUUGCAUAUUCCCUGCUAAGGAUAUGGGGCCAAAUUCUACAGAGUGUAGGGGGUUUGGGGUGUUUUUGGUUUUUUUCCUGUUUUGUUUUUAGAUUUUUGCAAGACGUGCUUUUGACCCACUGUACUGUUCUGUUCACUUUAACAUAAUUGUAGAGCUUUGAAUGGCUUUGUGCUUUUCAGGCAGUUAAUGCUGAGUAAUUGAGUCUUACCCUAAUGGAACAAAUCCACUGGAGUGAUGGGAGCAGAGUUUGGUAUCAUGUGCUCUUGAAAUUCCCAGUCACGGCAAAUAUGUUAUCGUUUUGCAGCGAUUAAGGGGAACCCAUUGCAAUGAUCCGUAGUGUUUAGAUGUUGACGUUUGGUUCUACUUUUCCCUGAAUUGCUUAGUCCCAGUUUUCUCACAGAGGUACUCUGUCUUACAGAGUAUGGUGAGAUGAGACUGUCUGACCUAGGAGAGAUUGAAAACAGAGUGCAAUCCAAAAUGGCAAUAAUUGUUCUCUGUGAUUACAGAAAACAUUCUCUCCUACCUUUGCAGCAGUGAGAGUGGGGUCACUGGAGAGCUUUACCGACAGCUCAAGAAGUUAAGCAUUAAGCUCGGUUAUACUGGUCUUGAUCUCAGAUGUCAGACUGUUCUUCCGCAGUCAGUCAAGUAACUUUUUAUUUAUGGAGUCCAGAAGCUGGCCUAAGGUUUAUUUUUAUUCUAUUUUUGUUUGUUUGUUUUUCCUUAUAAUGGAAUAUUGCUCUUUUCCUUGUGUUCUUUAAAGAACUGUUUAAAAAGAAGUUGGUAAAAAUGAUGGAGACCCUUCCCCCUCCUCCCCAUGAAAUCAAUGGAGUCAAUUGUAACGGAAUAAGCAAGACUGGAGAUACGUGACUGUUUUUUUAUGAUCUCUUCAGUCUGAGAUAUGAAUGUGGUCGAGAACAAAGCCAGUUUGCACACAGGGAAGGAUGCUUCAUAUUUCAGCUUGUGUGUAUUGCAGUCUUUUGCUGACAUACUUUGAUUUGUAGGCUUAUGGAUGCAAAAUAAGAGAAGCUUCUGUCUGAAGCUCAAAGCUAAAGCAAACCCAGAAAUUAUCUCAUUAUCAAGUGUUACAGAUAAUGCAGACUGAACACGCAGAGCUGAAUAAAUAAUGGGCCGUGGUGGUGUGAACUUUAGAUUAGCCCCGUGAGAGCCAAAGGCUGUUUCUGCAGGAAAGAAGUAGUAUCAGCAUAUGUCACAAACUGGUAUCUGGAAGUUUCCUCCUAACUGUAGAGCUCCCCAGAGCCUUGUUCUGGGAUCACUCUCUGGACUGCAGGUCCUCAGUGUCCUGCAGGUCCGAGCUACAGCUUGCGCUGCAGGCAGAGGGAAUUCCCAGUAAUUCCCAGCCCAGUGCUUUUCUCCCCAGUACAGCUGUCAGCCUGGGGCAUUGCAGCUCUGGCGUGCAGACUGUGGGACUCCUGGGAUGGCUGUGCUCAAGAAUUUCUGCAGGAAACAUUACAGAUGGCCAGCAGACAGCCGUGGUGUGAGCUGAGAGACUAGCCGGGACCCCGGCGAGGCACAGCCGAGAGCAGCUCUCCGUCACCUUUUGCAGGAGGCACAGCAUGGAGACUGGUUGAUGGUAGGACCUUGUUUCACCUUGGAAUGGCCGUAUUGCAGUACUCCUUAUAAAGAUGAGUAAAAGGGUGAUUUGUGGUACACGUGGGUGCUGCUGUGCUGCCCACCCGUGCCUGCUUCAGCUGGUGGGUGCUCUUUGUGACAAAUACACUCAACUGCUUGACCAAACCAGUGGUAGUUUGGUUCAGGCUCUGAAGGAAGUAAAGGUCUAGGCUGUGACUGGGUCAUGAACUUCUCUAGUUCCAACCUGUUCUUUGAAAACCCACGCAGGAGCAGGGUGACACGGCGAGCUUUGAUGUAUAUGAGCUUGGAAACCGGAACACCGAUCAUGCGAUUAACACAUGAAUAGCAGGUGGUUCUUCCAAGACUAAUUUGGUCAAGGAACAAAGGAGCUUGUGGGUACAGGGAGUCUCACACUUACCUUUUCCAUCGCAUGUAAUUUGACUAUGAGCCAACCACUUUAUUUCAUAAAUAUGACAGCUUGGGUGAGCUUUUUUUUGAGCUCUUCUUGCUAAGCAGCUGGCUGCAUAGCAGUGAUCUCCCCUUGAGUUGGGAUGCCUCUCAAGGUUACUCCUCGAGGCUGAGAGACCCGUUACCAACUGCAGAUCUUUGGUAAGUGACCAAUACUGCACAUAACCUUGUAUCACAGGGCAUUAAAAUUUUGCAUUGGUAACUUUGAAUCAUUAUUCUGUCCUCUGUGCAGUAAGUAAUAGAUUGAACCUUGCCAUCAAACUUUGUUAAGCCUCACUUCUACAAGAUCAUACUUCAAUAAAACCACUUUUGCUG